AUGAGCAAACAUGGUGAUAAUCAGCCACUGCUGCACUCAAUGCUCGAAAAUGGAGAAAAGUUACCGGUACCUAAAAUAUUGGUGGCCAGGCAGAAGACUGCACCAACGGGGAAUAGCGGAAUGAAAACGGCGAUUUUAAUAUGGCUCACAUUACAAAACAGUAUACAUACCCUUCUUAUUCGAUAUUCUCGUGCCCGUGAAGUGGAGGCUAUGUUUGUGAGUACGGUAGCUGUAUGGCUUACAGAAGUCAUUAAAUGUGUUAUUUGUCUUUUCCUUGUAGCACAAGAGGAAACUCCUAGAAGGUUUUUGUAUUCUCUUCGAACACAAAUCAUCGAACAACCAUAUGAUACCCUAAAAGUAUGCAUACCUGCUAUGAUCUACAUCAUCCAAAACAAUUUGUUCUAUGUGGCAGCUUCUCAUCUUGAUGCGGCCACAUUUAUGAUCACAUCACAAUUGAAAAUCUUCACUGCCGCCAUCUUUACUGUUAUCAUUCUGCGGAGAUCUUUGAACAAAACACAAUGGGUGGCCCUUGGUGUUUUGUUUAUUGGAGUUUCACUAGUUCAGCUCCAGAGCACCAGCUCAUCGAAAGCGUCUGGCGAGAGUCCAAUUAUUGGACUUAUUGCUGUUGUUGUAGCAUGCUGUCUUUCUGGGUUUGCCGGUAUUUAUUUCGAGAAAAUUCUCAAGGGCUCUGCUCCGGUAUCCUUGUGGAUGCGUAAUGUACAAAUGUCAGUUUUCUCAAUUCCUUCUUCGUUUUUGGCGAUUUAUAUGCAGGAUUCAAAAGUUGUUAAUGAACACGGUCUUCUUUAUGGUUUCGAUUCAAUUGUUUGGUUGACGGUUCUGUGGUACGGAAUUGGAGGUCUAUCCGUCGCGGUUUGUAUCAAAUACGCGGACAACAUUGCAAAAAACUUUGCAACAUCCGUGGCAAUCGUGUUGUCGACAGUCGGUUCAAUGUUCUUGUUCGAAUUCGUGCCAAGCCUCACGUUUUUGUUCGGUGCCUCUCUUGUCAUAUUCAGCAUAUUCUUGUUCGGCGAACAUUCGUAUGCCAAAAUGGCGCCGGCAAAAGGCGAAUGCAUAAAGUAUUCUUCAUUAGUUGUUCUCGUCGUACAGAACUGCUCCCUAGUGUUAUUCAUGAGAUUUGCAAUGGGAGGAAAUCGACCGAAAUUCCUGAAGUCGAUUACCGUAUUCUUCGGAGAGAUUUUCAAAUUCACUGCUAGCUUGAUUUUGUCCUGCAUCGAGGAAAAGAGUGUGAUUAAAGGACUCAAGAAAAUCUGCAACGAGUUUCGUCAUAAUUGGAGAGAUGCUCUCAAAGUGUUGGUACCAGCUGCUGUUUACACUGUUCAAAAUUACUUGCUCUAUGUUGCUGUGGACAAUUUGCCAGCGGCCACUUAUAUGGUGACAUAUCAACUCAAAAUUCUGACGACCGCUGUGUUCACCGUAGCAGUUUUGAAGCGAAAGCUUUCACUUCAACAGUGGAUUGCUCUAUUCAUUUCGUUUGCAGGAGUUGUUAUAGUGCAAUAUGGUUUAUCGCUGUUCUCGUCGCGUGUGUUUUAUCCGGAUUUGCUGGCAUCUAUUUCGAGAAAAUUCUCAAAGGUUCAAAUGUCUCCAUCUGGAUUCGGAACAUUCAACUCGCCGGUCCUUCGAUUUUUCUUUCAUUCAUCUUUGCAUUGUUUGUAA